AUGAGCAUGCAGCUGAAUGAGCGGCACGUGAACGUCACCGGGCGCAGCGGCUCCGUCGUUAUGCCGCACCUCGGCCUAGUCCGCUUCAACCUCUCCGCCCCCACCAUUGGCCCUCAGUACUUCACCUCCGAGCUCUGCUACUCGGAGGUGAACUGCACGUCUCUGUGCGCGGAUGCGUUUAUGGGUCACGUGGGAGCAUGCAAGGUGCAUCGUGUCACCAUGGCGGUCAUCAUCGUCCUGUUUUGGAUGGUGCCCGCCGUUACCUGCAUCGGUUUCCUCGCGGUCCACUACCGCCGCAAACGCGCGGACGAGCGGCAGAAGGCACUUCACCAGCUGCCGGAGGUCUCUGGGACCUCGCCGGCCGCCUCUCCGAUCUGGCGACCGCUGCAGUGCGCAUCAAGCACGCCUCAAUCCUCAUCUUCAUCCCACGCCAUCCUUGCAGACGACAGUGAGGCUUCCCACAGCGGCGGCCGCGUAGCGGACCUUGACCACGCUUCAGAAGGUCUCGUCGAGUUCCCUGUGCCGGGCAACGACGAGAGCUUAUCACCGCAGUCCCGAUGCACCACACCAUCCACCACCGCAUCCUGCGGCCUGCCCAAGACGAAAGAGUUUGAGAUGGCGGCUCUGCGUGCCGUCACUCCACCUUCUAUGGAGCGCCUUUCAGAGAAACAACACCCCAGUCACAUCCACAAGGAAGACGACGUGAGCCCCACGACUACCAUGAGCUUGCCACCGACAAUACAAUCAAGCCACGAUGUCCCUGCUCACGAUGAAACACUCGGCAGCACCGUCCUUCACCACUCGACACACACACCUAUACCACUACAUCUUCAAACACACUUAAUAUACCAACUCAACAGCCACACACAACACCAGAAGACUCCCACGGCUAGCGUCCAGGCUGCCGAGGAGGCGGCGCGCCUGGCGGCCGAGCAUGAGGCCGAGCAGGUCCGCGUCUGUGCCCUCGAGGAGGCGGCGCGUCUCCGCGCUGAGCUGGGGGCUGCCGAGGAGGCGGCGCGCCUGGCGGCCGAGCAUGAGGCCGAGCAGGUCCGCGUCCGUGCCCUCGAGGAGGCGGCGCGUCUCCGCGCUGAGCUGGGGGCUGCCGAGGAGGCGGCGCGCCUGGCGGCCGAGCAUGAGGCUGAGCAGGUCCGCGUCCGUGCCCUCGAGGAGGCGGCGCGUCUCCGCGCUGAGCUGGAGGCUGCCGAGGAGGCGGCGCGCCUGGCGGCCGAGCAUGAGGCCGAGCAGGUCCGCGUCUGUGCCCUCGAGGAGGCGGCGCGUCUCCGCGCUGAGCUGGAGGCUGCCGAGGAGGCGGCGCGCCUGGCGGCCGAGCAUGAGGCUGAGCAGGUCCGCGUCCGUGCCCUCGAGGAGGCGGCGCGUCUCCGCGCUGAGCUGGAGGCUGCCGAGGAGGCGGCGCGCCUGGAGGCCGAGCAUGAGGCCGAGCAGGUCCGCGUCUGUGCCCUCGAGGAGGCGGCGCGUCUCCGCGCUGAGCUGGGGGCUGCCGAGGAGGCGGCGCGCCUGGCGGCCGAGCAUGAGGCCGAGCAGGUCCGCGUCUGUGCCCUCGAGGAGGCGGCGCGUCUCCGCGCUGAGCUGGAGGCUGCCGAGGAGGCGGCGCGCCUGGCGGCCGAGCAUGAGGCCGAGCAGGUCCGCGUCCGUGCCCUCGAGGAGGCGGCGCGUCUCCGCGCUGAGCUGGAGGCUGCCGAGGAGGCGGCGCGCCUGGCGGCCGAGCAUGAGGCUGAGCAGGUCCGCGUCUGUGCCCUCGAGGAGGCGGCGCGUCUCCGCGCUGAGCUGGAGGCUGCCGAGGAGGCGGCGCGCCUGGAGGCCGAGCAUGAGGCCGAGCAGGUCCGCGUCCGUGCCCUCGAGGAGGCGGCGCGUCUCCGCGCUGAGCUGGGGUCUGCCGAGGAGGCGGCGCGCCUGGCGGCCGAGCAUGAGGCUGAGCAGGUCCGCGUCUGUGCCCUCGAGGAGGCGGCGCGUCUCCGCGCUGAGCUGGGGGCUGCCGAGGAGGCGGCGCGCCUGGCGGCCGAGCAUGAGGCUGAGCAGGUCCGCGUCUGUGCCCUCGAGGAGGCGGCGCGUCUCCGCGCUGAGCUGGAGGCUGCCGAGGAGGCGGCGCGCCUGGAGGCCGAGCAUGAGGUCGAGCAGGUCCGCGUCCGUGCCCUCGAGGAGGCGGCGCGUCUCCGCGCUGAGCUGGGGUCUGCCGAGGAGGCGGCGCGCCUGGCGGCCGAGCAUGAGGCCGAGCAGGUCCGCGUCUGUGCCCUCGAGGAGGCGGCGCGUCUCCGCGCUGAGCUGGAGGCUGCCGAGGAGGCGGCGCGCCUGGCGGCCGAGCAUGAGGCUGAGCAGGUCCGCGUCUGUGCCCUCGAGGAGGCGGCGCGUCUCCGCGCUGAGCUGGGGGCUGCCGAGGAGGCGGCGCGCCUGGCGGCCGAGCAUGAGGCCGAGCAGGUCCGCGUCUGUGCCCUCGAGGAGGCGGCGCGUCUCCGCGCUGAGCUGGGGGCUGCCGAGGAGGCGGCGCGCCUGGAGGCCGAGCAUGAGGUCGAGCAGGUCCGCGUCUGUGCCCUCGAGGAGGCGGCGCGUCUCCGCGCUGAGCUGGGAGCUGCCGAGGAGGUGGCGCGCCUGGAGGACGAGAUGCACGUGCAGGCAGCAUCGUCGAGCUACAAUGAUGAGUACAGGGUUCGAAUGCUGGCGAGUGCGCGGUCAGACCUGAGGAUGCCGCCGCCUCGGCCGUUCAUUGGCUUUUCACUGUUGGAGGAUGUGGAGAAGGGCAUCCUUAUGGUGGACGGACUUUACAGGGAUGGUCCGGCCUACCAGACAGGCAUCCGCCUCGGGGAUGUUCUGCUGCGUAUCGCGGGGGUUUACGUGGAUUCAAUCGCGAAGGCGAGGCGGGUGGUGGAGGCGCGGUGCCGCUGCGGCUGCGUAGUUCCCAUGACCCUGGCGACGAAGAUGAACCAGCAGUACAGCGUGGCUCUGUGGAUCAUGACGGUGGAUCGGCAGUACACCGACAAGCCAUUCUAUUUUGAUGUGCGCAUGCACCACCGCAUCGAGAGUUCGCAGAGGGGGAAGAGGGCGCAGUGGUUGGAGGUAGGCAGCCCAUCCACAUCUUUGGCUUCCACGCCCCUCAUGCCGAGCUGGCGUGAGGCGAUGCCGCGUCGGGGCUCAGAGCUGCGGUCAAGUGCGCGUUCAGCCUUCGUUGCCACGUCGUACUUCUCGAGCGCGCGCAGGUUGGCCAAGUCAGAAAGUGAGCGACCGCGCGCAUCCUCCAGCGUUGCUAUGGCGGAGGAGGCGGAGGAGGCGGAGGAGGCGGAGGAGGCGGAGGAGGCGGAGGAGGCGGUGGAGGCGAUCGCGGUGGCGCCGGACGGGUACACCACACCCAACGAAGUGCGCGACCGUAGUUGA